AUCAUACUAUUAUUCACAACAGCGCAAUAUGGCGUUCUGAUUUCCAAGCUCGCCCACCGAAACUCAACACUUGCUUCUGCAGUUUUGGACAUAUUUGAUUCGUGCUUUUUGUGCUCGUCAUUAAAUUGGGGGGAAACUAUAAACAAGCUUACGCAAAGCAGAAUAUAGAAAAAUAAUUACCGGUGCCGGUACCUAGGAUUCUCGUAACGCCACAACACAGGUAAAUCUUUGAUCCCUUGCGGUAAAUAGCAAGUCGGCAGAUGUUUCAUGUACGUACAACGUUUAUACUACAUGCGCCCGCUUGGUAGAGGUAGCUAGUGUCGUUGUCGAGGGCCAGGGGCCCAGGGCAGCGGCUGCCGGCCGGUGCCGGAUCGGCCGGACGACCGUACCAUGCAUCACAGAUUGAGAGGCCAUGUGCACGCAUUGAGCUGACGCCAUGGCACACGCCCACGGGUUCGUCCAUAUUGCUAUAGGGAAUCAAGAGUUAGAGUUGUACUUGUUAAAAUAAAUAAAGAACUCUCUUUGUCAACUUAUGAGUAUAAAAAAUAUGUUUUGUAAAUAUUAUUGGUUUUUAAUCAUUAUAAAAAUGUAGAAGGAAAUACAUUUUAUUUUUAUUUGUAUACUUUGAUCAAAUUUGUUAUAAAUAUAUCCUUUAAAAAAAAUAGAUGGGUCCAUAGAUACUUCCGUAUUUUUCCAUUACACUUGGAAAAAGGCAUCGCGUCAUCAUAUCGACAACAGCCAGCUGUAGCUAGCUUGCGACAAAUAAAUGUGUAGACUGUGAAUGAGUACCGGUACAUUCCGCGUAUACGGUACCUAGGGUAUUUAAAUUUGGCAAAUUUGCAUGUGCAUCUUCAGCUGGCUGAGAUACAUUAAUUCUAUCGUGGGAACAAUAGUCUAAGGAAUAUCAUUAUAUCGAUCGCGGAAAGAAUGUUGUCAGCGAGUAGAUUUGCUGGGUUAUCAUGCCGGUUCAUGAGAAAUUAUUCAACAUCAAGGACACUACUACAAGACAGGAUGAAGAUAGCUAUUAUAGGUCAAAGUCAGUUUGGAGAGGAGGUCUACAAGCUCCUGAGGAAAGAUGGCCAUGAAAUCGUAGGGGUUUUUACAAUCCCAGAUGUCAAAGGCCGUCCCGAUCCACUAGCUUCAACUGCAGAAGGGGAUGGUACAAAAGUAUUCAAAUUUCCUCGCUGGAGGACGAAAGGCCAACCCAUCGAGGAUGUUGUGAACGCUUACAAAGAGUGUGGUGCUGAACUCAAUGUGCUUCCGUUCUGUAGCCAGUUUAUUCCUAUGAAUGUGAUUGAUAAUCCUAAACAUGGUUCCAUUAUCUACCAUCCUUCACUUCUCCCAAGACAUAGAGGAGCUUCUGCUAUAAAUUGGACUCUCAUGUGUGGAGACAAAAAAGCAGGUUUUUCAGUUUUCUGGGCUGAUGAUGGUCUUGAUACAGGUCCUAUUCUCCUUCAGAAAUCAGUUGAUGUAGACCCAAAUGACACAGUGGAUACCCUCUACAACAGAUUCCUAUACCCAGAAGGCAUUAAAGCUAUGGGAGAAGCAGUUAAUCUUAUUUAUGAAGGCAAAGCUCCUCGCAUUGUACAACCAGAAGAGGGUGCCACAUACGACAAGAUCUGGAAAAAGAAGGAAGUCGCCCAAAUCCCAUUUGGCCAGUCUGCAGAAACUCUUCACAACUUCAUCCGAGGAAAUGACAUGAUCCCUGGUGCUUGGGCUAGGAUAGAUGGACAGCAAGUUACAAUGUUUGGUUCAACCGUCCUAUCAGGCAGCAAACCAAAUGGUACACCUGUAGAAAUAGAAGGCUGCGACACACCAGCCAUUGUUCAUAAAAACGGCAUGGCUAUCAUUGGCUCUGAUGACAAAAUGCUGAACGUCAAGACCCUUCAAUUUGAAGAUGGUCGCAUGAUCCCUGCUGCAAAGUACGGACAGUCAAUGGAUGCAGAAGAAAAGCUGGAGUUCACACCAGAGGAACAAGAGAUGGCUAAAACUGUUAAGGAUAUCUGGGCUGGCAUCCUUUCAACACAAGACAUUGCUGAUGAUACUGACUUCUUCAAGAUGGGAGCUGGAUCUAUGGAUGUUGCUAGGUUGGUUGAAGAGGUGAAGCAGAAGUGCAGCAUUGAGCUACAGAAUGAGGAUGUAUACAUGGCUACGACCUAUGAUGCCUUUGUACAGAAGGUGGCUAGGAAAGGAAGGGGUCUUGAUGAGCUAGUCUUUGAAUUUGAUGCAAUUGAGAUGAAUGUCAACAACAUGGACAUCACAUUCCCUCAUCAGCUAUUCAUCAACAAUGAGUUUGUUGAUUCAGAGAGCGGUAACACGUUCAAGACCAUCAACCCUCAUGAUGAAUCUGCUAUCUGUGAGAUCUCCAAGGCAUCCGUAGCCGAUACAGAUGUAGCAGUAGCUGCUGCUAAGGAAGCAUUCUAUGAAGGAGAAUGGGGCAAGAUGAACGCUAGAGAUAGGGGAAAGCUAAUGUUCAAGUUAGCUGAUCUUAUGGAACAGCACACAGAAGAGUUGGCCACUAUUGAGAGUAUAGAUUCUGGAGCAGUAUAUACAUUAGCACUCAAGACCCAUGUUGGCAUGUCAAUCGAUACAUUCAGGUACUUUGCUGGAUGGUGUGACAAGAUCCAGGGAGUGACCAUUCCAAUCAACCAUGCUAGACCAAACAGGAAUCUCACAUAUACAAAGAGAGAACCUCUCGGAGUAUGUGCUAUCGUUGUUCCCUGGAACUACCCCCUGAUGAUGUUGGCGUGGAAGAUGGCUGCUUGCCUUGCUGCAGGAAACACUGUAGUCCUCAAGCCUGCCCAGGUUACACCUCUCACUGCCCUCAAGUUUGCUGAACUAGUCGUCAAAGCUGGAUUCCCUCCCGGUGUUAUCAACAUUCUACCUGGCUCAGGUUCCGUGUGUGGUCAAAGGAUGGCUGACCAUCCUGAUGUUAGGAAACUUGGUUUCACUGGCUCAACACCCAUUGGUAUGCAGAUCAUGAAAAGCUGUGCUGAGAGCAACCUGAAGAAGGUGUCCCUUGAACUUGGAGGCAAGUCUCCUCUUGUCAUCUUUGCUGAUUGUGAUAUGAGUGCAGCAGUCAGACAGGGACUUGGUUCAGUAUUCUUCAACAAGGGAGAGAAUUGUAUUGCUGCUGGAAGAUUGUUCGUUGAGGACACCAUCCAUGAUGAAUUCUUAGCGAGAGUGGUGGAAGAGGUCAAGAAGAUGAAGAUUGGUGACCCCUUGGACAGGUCAACAUCACAUGGACCACAGAACCAUAGAGCUCAUCUUGAGAAGCUUGUUGAAUACUGUGAUAUCGGAGUCAAAGAGGGUGCUACAUUGGUCUAUGGAGGCAAACAAGCUGAUAUGCCAGGUCUGUACAUGGAGCCUACUGUAUUCACUGAUGUCACUGAUGAUAUGAUGAUGGCUAAGGAAGAAUCUUUUGGACCUAUCAUGAUCAUCACAAAGUUCUCUUCCAGUGACAUUGAUGGCAUGCUGAGGAGCGCUAAUGGUACAGAAUUUGGUUUAGCAUCUGGUGUCUUCACAAAUGAUAUCAACAAGGCCAUGUACGUCAGUGAGAAGCUGGAUGCUGGUACUGUCUUUGUCAACACCUACAACAAGACCGACGUUGCUGCUCCCUUCGGUGGAUUCAAACAAUCUGGAUUCGGCAAGGAUCUAGGUCAAGAAGCUCUGAAUGAAUACUUGAAGACCAAAACGGUGACAAUUGAGUACAACUGAAUGCCAUGCUAGCCAGCCUUUUAGCAUAAACUGGUUCCAUCCAACACAACAUAAAGUCAUCUCUUUACCAUGGAGAAUCUCAAGAGAGCCUGACAAGAGAACCAAACAGAAAUGAAGCUAGAAUCGCAUCAUCACUUGGCAAAAAAUGAAGAAACACCUUUCACAUCUUCUUUUCUCCUGCCAUCAGCAACUGCGCCUUUUUCAUUGUUUUAUUUUGUUUUAAACCAAAUUAUAAUUUGGAUAGUGUAUUAAAUACUGAUAUUUUUUCCACUUUAUUGUUUUCAACCUUUCAUUUUAAAAGUUAUAGUUAACCAUAGAUUUAUUGGAACUACAUCAAUAUUUUUUUUCAAUUUUCAAAAAAAUCAUUUGCAACUGACUUAAACAAUACAUUGUGUAACAAUGAGUAUAUGAAACAUGACAUAUAUGAGGAACAGUUACUGUUCAAGAUCUGUUAUCGUACUUGGUACUCUUAUUAUAGUUGGCCUCAAGGUCUUUUAUUUGGAAUUAUGAAUUCAUAUAUUAAGAUGAUUUAUCAUUCACUUUCCUUUGGAAAAUAAAAAUGAAAAGACCAUGUGUCAAUAAUACUGAGCAAACAAAAACAUUUCAAAAAUUAUUAUUUGAUAAAUUUUGUCCUUAAUUGGCAUUGUUGCAAUUGAAGAUUUACCAUCCAAUAAAAAUAUCCUUUAAAAAAAUUCAUACUUUAAAGUAUUCAUUGUAAUAUUUAUACAUUAGCAGGGAGCUUACAUGCAAGACAUGCCAUAUCCUUAUGCUGAUGCAGUCGAUAUAUUAUAUGGUGUUCAUUUUGUUCAGCUGCAAUCCAACAGAGCAAAGGGAUAUGGUUCUUCAUAUUGAAGGAUUGAGUUGGGAUUGAAAUUUCAUUUGGACCAACAUCAUCUAUGGAGCACUGAAUGGAAAGUAUUUUACUUUUUGGAUAGUUCGUAAUUGUGCUUUUGUGUGUUAACUAGUUACCAAAGAUACUAGUAAUGCAAGAAAGUUCUUGAGUUGUAGUAUGGGUAUUAUCAGUUUUACCGUCUUUGAAUCAUAUUAUUCAUGCAUUGCUAGAAUGGAAUCGAUCAGAUAUGUAACUACUGCAAGGUCUAAAUUAUCUUUUUAUUAUUAUUUUUAUUGUGUGUGUGUGUGUGCAUAGUGAUUUGUAGAAAAAAUGUAUUAUUGAUAAUGCAAUUAUUUCUAUAAAAAUGGUUAAGAAUUUCUUUGUUCACCCAUGUGAACAAACCGUCCCCUCUCCAAUUAUUUAGUUCUUUUGAUUCAUUUAACUUAUAAAUAUGUUAUCCUUUCCGGUGGGGCUAUAUUGCUCUGGGCAGGUCAAAUACUGGCUGGGCAAGCUUUGUUAGGUGACUAAUUAAAAUAUUUAAAGUGACUUGUUCUUUCUCCUCUUUUUAAAAUUUUUGUCAAUAAAUUUAUACAACACUUCUUAAAGGGGUACUCCAGGCUGAUAAUAAUAUGAUUUUAAUGGAUAAGGUAAAAUCAGACAAACAAAACACUGAAAAUUUCAUCGAAAUUGGACUAGGAAAAAAAAGUUAUUACAUUUUAAAAUUUUGCAUUAUUUUGGUGAAACAGAUCUAUGCAUGUCUUCAUAAACAUGCAAUGCCAAAGCUAAUGAUGUCACAUUUCCACUUAUUCAUUUGUGUUUUGUUAUUUGAAUUAUAUUUAAGUUUUGUAAUUUAAUGUGCAAAAUAAUCAUUGCUGCAACUUGUUUUUUCUAUACAAGGAAGACAUAUCGUACACACAUUAUGGAAAUAUGAGAUAAUAAUGAUUAUUAUUGAAUAACAUAAGUAAUAAGAAAAUAAGGACUUGGCAUCAGCCCACCUAUUGAAUAUUCUUGACAACUUGCAUAUAUCUGUUUUCCAUGAUAUUGCUAAACUUAAAAAUUUAUAACUUCGUUCUUUAUUAUCAGAUCUUGAUGAAAUUUUUCAGCAUUUUGCUCAAUGAUUUUUUUGUCUCUAUUUAGUGAUUAUUUUCAAGCCCAAAGUACACCAUUUAAAGAAUGGCUCAUGGUGGCUCACACUUUCCUCAGGCAUUGUGAUGAAAGAGUUUUCUGUAUCUCCUCCAAGAUCAUGUCUCUUAAAACAGAUUCAAAGACUUGCAGUAUUUUUGAAAAAUUAUAAAUCACAUUUCACUUAAAUGUACCAAUAGUUAAAGAAAUUUUAUAACAUUCAUCUAUUUUAGACAACUGCAAAUAUAGGUGCAAAUGCCAGCACUGUUAAUUUAUUAUCAAGUUCAAAACACAUCAGUUAAUCAAUUGAUUUAAAUUUGUUAUGAUUGGAAAAAAACAUGUAUUUUCCAUUUAUCAAUAACACAAUAUACUACCUACAACUUCUUAAAAUUUAUUUCACAAAAGUUGUCUAAUUACAGAUCUUAUAAUAGUUCUUAAAGCUGCCCUAUAAUGUAAAGUAACCUCUGUUAUGUCACCUCUGACAUUGCUGUCAUUGAAUCUGAGUAAAAACUGACUUCAAGGUUUUCCAUUUUUCGUGGCACAUUUAAUUUACAGAAACAUUGCAUGAUUAGAGCUACAAAGUAGUUUUGCAUGUAAUUGAAAGUACAUUUUUAUGAUACAGAACUCUUCUGCCAUCUGUAAUUGUACCUUAUGUGUUGGGGCCUGUGCAGUGAACUUGCCUUAUGGUUCAUUUUUUAAGAAUUUUACGAUUAGGAGGAUUGUAAUUUGAUUGUGAUGAUAUUAUUGAUGUGAAGCAAUCAUGAACAAUAUGUUGAAAGUAUACUUAUUACUGAAUAAAACUGUGUGCCAACAUUGGAGUUAAGAAAAGAUAGAAUGCAUGUAUAUACAGAACAAAAGGAGAAAAAAAAGAAAUAAAUAAAAGGGAAAAACAUUUUCAAACAUGUAGAUAUCAGAAAACCCCAAAUCAAUGCAUGUAUAUUUUUAUCAAAGUUGUAUUAUUUUCUCAUGUAAGACUAAGAUAUGUUUUGUGUAAGAUGUAGACAGAAUGCGUUAAUCCUUUUGUCUACCUUGUAAAGCAGCUGUCAUUUUCAGUUUUCUAUAAUUAUUUUGAUACUCUCUCAGUAUUACCUAAGCUGCCAUGGUGAAAGAUUCUAGUGUUCAGACCUCUAUCAUACCGUAGCGAUAAUAUAUUCAAGAUUUUAUCACACAGACAGCUAAGGUAAUUUAUUAUUCCUGUUCUAUUUUCUGCAGUUGUGGAUUCAAACGAAGCAGUAUGGGGGUUCUUUCUUGAUAUUUAGUUAGGUCAAUAUCCUUCUUAAAGCCCUCAAAAUACUUUGGAAGGUACUUGAAAAAAAUUAAAUGAUAAAUCAUUAGAAUAUGUUGUCAAAAAUUUUCAUGCCCACUUGAAUGCAAAUGUACUCCGUUUCUAAAUAGCCAUUACAAGGUAAACUUGCACGUUUCACUGCAUUAUGGAAUUGUUAACAAAAAUGUUUUCAAGCAAACAUGAAUUCUUUUAUCACAAAUGUUUAUUAUCACAUAUACAUAUAUAUGGAACAUUUUUAUCUCCCCUUUUUUUAGAUCUGCAAUGUGUUUCUUUUACAUGUAAUAAAUGUAAGUUUUUUUAAUUCAUCUUUUUAUUCAUCUUCUAAAAUGUAGAUAUAUUCUAUUCCACAGAACAACUUGAGAAUCAAAGUCCUAUCUCUCUCUUAUGUCUAUAUUAUUGUCUCUCCUGAUGGUGAAAAUUUUAAAGAUCUUCAUGUCUUUUCUUUCAUUCUGAAACAAAAUCAGGACAUUUGCAGAUCAUGAUGAAGGUCCAAAUAUCAAAACUAAUUUGAUACAAUUUAACCCUUUACCAUAUGAGAAUAUGGAGAAACGUGUAUGAAUGGAUACUUUUUCUGUUCCUUCAUAUUAUUUUUUGUUUAAUUUUUUUCAUUUCUUUAUUUCUUAAACUUAGGAUUAGUAUUAUAAUUAUGUAUCUAUAAUUGGAAAAAAAAAUUGAAUACCACCAUUUCUGAGAUAUAACAUGUGUCAUUGCCUUAGUAAUACACUGUAAAUGAAUACAUAACCUCUUGUAAAAAGAAAGUCAUUUAUCUCUGAAGACAAAAAACGAUAAUGAAUAAAAAUUUGAUCUCAAUUGUAAGAA